CCCGCCGUGCCGGGCUGCAAUGACGUCUUCGUGACGUCACGCUCGGACUUCCGGGCGCAGCUGCGGCGCUGCCAGCGGCUGCUGGCGGCGGGCGGGGGUCCCGGCGGGGGUCCCGGUGCCGGUACCGGGGAGCUGCGGCUGCACGGGCUGGGGCUGGCCGUGCCCCGCACCAUCAACCUGGCGCUGCAGCUGCAGGCGGGCGCGGGGGGCGCGCUGCGGCUGCACGCCAGCACCUCCUCCGUGCCGCUGCGCGACCCCCGCGACCCCCGGGACCCCCGCGAGCACGGCGAGGACGGCGAGCCCCCCCGGCACAACUCCGCCAUCCACAUCCGCCUGUGCCGGGAGGCGCCGUGCGCCUGAGGGGCUCCGGGAGCGCCCCCGGAAUGAGGGGGGGGGCACCGGGAGCGCCCCCGGAUUGAGGGGGGGGCACCGGGAGCGCCCCCAAAAUGAGGGGGGGCUCCCCGGGACUCCACCCCCCGGAGACUGCCAUGGCGACCGGGGCCACCUGAACACUCCCAGGGCCACCAAACCCCCCCAGGGACACCGAGCCCCCCCCAGGGGACACGAAGCCCCCCUAGGGUCACUGAGACCCCCAGGGUCACCAAACCCCCCCCAGGGUCACCG